AGCAUGGAAUCAGGUGAAGCUUUAUGACUUUAUGCAAAGUCCAGAAGAUCUUGAGAGGCUGUAUUGUGAAAUUCAUUUGCUCAAGACACUCAAGCAUAAAAACAUCAUGAAAUUUUACACUUCUUGGGUUGAUGUUUCCAAUAGAAACAUUAACUUUGUCACUGAGAUGUUCACCUCUGGCACUCUCAGACAGUACAGGCUAAAACACAAGAGGGUUAACAUUAGAGCAGUAAAGCGUUGGUGUCGACAGAUUUUGAGAGGGCUUCAUUACCUGCAUAGCCACGACCCUCCUGUUAUACACAGAGACCUCAAGUGUGAUAACAUUUUCAUCAACGGAAACCAAGGGGAAGUCAAAAUUGGUGAUCUUGGCCUUGCCGCCAUCCUGCGCAAGUCCCAUGCCGAACGUUGUGUAGGAACACCAGAGUUCAUGGCUCCGGAGGUUUAUGCGGAGGAGUACAAUGAAUUAGUGGACAUUUAUUCAUUUGGAAUGUGUAUUUUAGAGAUGGUGACCUUUGAUUAUCCAUAUAGUGAGUGCACUCACCCUGCUCAGAUCUACAAAAAAGUGACUUCUGGAAAAAAGCCAGAUGCCCUUUACAAAGUGGAGGAUCCUGAGGUUCGACGUUUUGUUGAGAAAUGCUUGGCAACGGUAUCUCACAGACUAUCUGCAAGGGAGCUUCUUGAUGACCCUUUUCUCCAAAUUGAUGAUUACGUAUCAGACUCAGAGACACUAAAUUACUUGCAAGAGUCUGACGAAUUAGACCCUACAUUAGGACAGCGUCUCUUGAGCAUAUGUGAUACUAACAACUCUCUAGUAAAUGGUUAUCUUGGAUAUGAACCAGAGACUGAUUCAUACUAUCAACAACUUGAGUAUGAGGCAAAUGAAAUUGAUCUAUUCACAGAUCCCGAAGAUGAUGACAUGGAAAAUGUUGAUAUCAGCAUUAAGGGACGGAGAAGAGAAGAUGAUGGCAUCUUUUUACGACUCAGGAUUGCGGACAAAGAAGGUCGUGUACGCAACAUUUAUUUUCCCUUUGAUGUUGAGAAUGACACAGCACUAAGUGUUGCUACUGAAAUGGUGGCCGAGUUAGAUAUUACAGACCAAGACGUUACCAAGAUAGCAGACAUGAUAGAUGGAGAAAUUGCUUCCUUAGUACCUGAGUGGAAGAAGGGGUUUGGGAUAGAGGAAAGCCUCAACCACACGAACCGUGGCUGUCACAACUGUGCUUCUAAUGGUUCUCUUGUGAACUACCUAUCGUCUGAUGGUCCUAGGAACUUGCAAGUGCUCCAUUGUUCCAAGCAUGGAUGUGGUGCUAUGCAUGGCCGUUUUGAGGAGAUAAUGUACCAUUUGGAUCGCUCUGAACAAUGUAUCACUGACUCCGCUCCUAAGGGAACAUGGGAAUCUGAUGGUGUACAUUAUACUGAUAUUUGGGCACAACAUGACAAAACAAAAUCACGAGCACGGGGCUCUGUUGACUGUCACACUGAUGUUAAAGACAAAUUGGUGGAUGAAUCCAUUGAUGGUGGUGAGGAGAAACUUACGAGUGUUGACAAGGAUGACAAGUCUCAUGUAAGACUACAAGACUCUCCCUCCUCAAAAUCUUCAGGAGCUAGAACUCCAGUAGAAGAUUAUGAGAAUGAGAUAAGGCGAGAGUUGAGGUGGCUCAAGGCAAAGUACCAAAUGCAAUUGAGGGGCCUAAAAGAUCAGCGGUUAGGAGUUGAAUCAAAAUAUUCUCGUCAAAGGUCCAGCAACAAAAUCCCAAGAAAGGAUAAGGUAUCGUCAGGUUCAACUCCAUCUAUAGAGAAGGAUGAGCUUCUACUAAGAUCAUUUAACUCAGGCAAGCAUUUUUCUUCAUAUUUGCCCAUAGAAAUCGAGAACGAAUGUUCUAAUUCUAAGGUUAGGAGAUAUCCACUUGCUUACGGUUCCUGCAGUCCAGAGCACAUGGCCACUGCCCAGAGUUUCUAUACAGGAGCAUUGCUCCCCCACUCACUUCACAGGGCCACUUCACUUCCAGUUGAUGCCAUAGAUUUCUAAGACCGAUCCCUUUACACGUCUCACUCAAGUGGACAGUCAUCCAGAUACUCAAAAGUAACACUGACAGGAAGAUCUUUUGCGUGAUUUAUAAGGUCUUCGUGUAAUUUUCAAUAUAAAGAGUUUUUUACACUUGUAGAUUCUUAGCUCCAAGAGAAUAUUACCUUCUAUUGGAACGAUUGAAUGUAAAUUACCUUGGUAGAGAAAUUGCUGGUCUCACCAGAUGAACUUUCUUGCAAUCCAACAAGGGACUUACAGUAAUCUUGAACAUAUAUUGUGUGUAACAAUUAUGUAUGGAUAAUGGCUUAUACUACAGAUAUUACAAUAAGAAAUUUA